AUGGCCCAGGCCUUGCUCAACUGUAGCAUCUGUCCCAAACAGCCCUCCUUCAGUGAUACUUCCCAUCUGCUCACCCAUGUGAGUUCCAAGGGUCACCUCGCCGAAUGGCACAAACUCCAAGUACGGAGCUUUCAGGACAUUGCCGCUGCUGUGGCUCUGGCAAAUUACAAUCAAUGGUGCCAGCAACAUGACAUUGACCGAUUACUGUCCGAAAGAAUGCAAAUGAAAGAGGACAAGCAGGCCAGAAAGAGAAGGACCACCACUACACGAAAUGCGUCUGCCCCGAAACUGGUUCCCGUCGGCCAUGAACAGCUCGAUCCACCUAUCCCUGUGAGAAGAGCAGCAAAACCGAAGAAGCAGAACCAGAAGAAAGGGACUUGUGGCAGACAGCAACGAGAGGACGACCAUGGAAGUGAUUUGGAUUUCAGCCCUGUCAAACGUCCUAGGCGCAAAACACAGCGACUCCAAAUCUCCUCUCCACGCAAGCAGUCCCAAGUCUCUGACGGAGCAUAUCCUUCCCUUGACGACUACCCAGCUAAGGACAAUCACUCGGUUCCUCUGCAGGUUCUGGCCACACCCGAGCAUAUGAAGCUCAAGGGCAUUGUCUGGCCUGGCAUGGAUCUCUUCGACGCGGCCACGCAGGAGAUGCAGCAGAAGAGAAACCAGAAGAAAGACGCAUCUGUUCUGAGACGCAUGGAGAGACUCGCCGGAUUGGUUGAGCCUACCGAGGUCGUCUACUCUCCCAACGGUGACAACAUGUUGAAGGCCAGGCAUAUUGAUGACCUGGAGGAUGCGAGUAGCCUGAUUGAAGGCGAGACUCCCGUCCCCAGGGUAGAACCAACCCGGCUACGCAAGAGGAAGCCACUUGCCGAGACAUACGCCAACGUCCCACGGCUCAUGAAACGCAAAGUCAAAGCCAGUGUUUUGAAUGACUACGACGAUCUUCCCUUUGCUCAUGGACUACCACCUCUUCCGCACCUGCCGAGCUCUUCUGCUGGAGAGCUAUAUGGUGCAAGCUGUCGCUUCUUUCCAAUGGAAGAUGGGGAUAUCAAAUCGUCCAUCGAAUCCCUUGCUCAUCGCAAACGACCACCUCCCCAGUUUGAGAUCUUCACUGAUGGGAGUCCAAGGCGCCACUUGACCGGUGUCUUGAACGGGACCAGGAACCCGCUUCAGCCUGGGCCUCGGGUGUAUGGCAAUGGUCCUUUCCAACAACAGCCAAAGGUCUCCGCAGCGUGGUUGCAGCCACAAUACCAGUCAGCCCUACAAUAUACGGAUCCUUAUACAUCCUACCGCCCAGUGGGUCGUCAGUAUCGGACUCUCUACGAUCCGAGCAUUGCCAACGAGAACGAUCCUCCAAUGCUCGAAGCUCAAUUCUCCUUUCGAGGCCCAUCUGCGAACCCUUUGGCAUGGAAAUCUCCAGUGCGGCCAGCGAUCGUAUCUGGGUUGUCUCCAGCAGAUUCACCUUUUGGCAGCUUUUUCGGCAUCUUCCCUGGUGAUUCCCCUGGUGACGACCCGUUCGUGAGCACCAAAAAUCCUCUGGCCGGAGCAAUAGCCCACUUCGAAGACGAGAAGCAUCCUCUGACAACCAAAGGACACUCCAACUCGCCCUCCGAUACAGGCUUAUCCAAUGAGACCGAAGUCUGA